GACCGGAGCGCCUCUACGUUUCGGGCUGGACCUGCUUCGCCUAUCCUGUACUGCUGUGCUGAGGAGGAUCUUCACCGGGGACAUCGCGGAGAGACCGGAGCGCCUCUACGCCUCGAGCUGGGCCUGCUUCGCCUAUCCUGCUGUGCUGAGGAGGUUUUGCACCGGGGUCAUCGCGGAGAGACCGGAGCGCCUCCACGUUUCGGGCCUGCUUGUGCACCUAUCCGGAUGCUGUGCUGGUCUGGGAAAAUGGCCCCUAUUGUGAUUCUGCUAUGCCUGUUAGCUAUUUUGGACAAUGAGAAGUUCUCUCGUCAUCCGGAGAAGUCGACUGGGUUCAGGUCUGUUCUACCGCCCGCAGUGGACAUCCCCUGUAAAGGUUGGGCGUACGCCUUCGACAAGAUAAACACACUGAACCUGAACACACCAUACGACUACAACUCCGUCAUGCAGUACCACAGGUAUGCCUUCAGCGGGAACAAUAUGCCCACCAUGGUGCCGAUCCCCAACGCCAACGUAGAGUUCGGCACGGCCAAUCAGAUGAGCAGGAACGACAUCAGCAGACUGAACACGCUGUACACAUGUUGAAAGGUGGUGAAGAAACCCUGAGGACAUGGGGCCAAUUUACACAUCAAACCAGCUCUUUAUAACACAGUCUGAGAAAGUGUGUUGAUAAUAAAUCUUCAAACUUG